ACUAUUUCCGGUGCCUGCCGGAAGAUGGUCCUGGAUGGCCUCUGGGGCAGUCUGUGCGUGUCUGUGUCGGUGAGCUCUGGAGCUACGGGCCUUUUAGCGCCCGCUGGUCGCCACAUGGUGCUGGUUGCAGCCGCCAGACUCCACUCGGAACUGCGGCGCUGAGGCGCCAGGGCAGCGUGCGACAUGUCGUCGGGCCUCCGCGCUGCCGACUUCCCUCGCUGGAAACGCCACAUUGCGGAGGAGCUGAGGCGCCGCGACCGACUGCAGAGGCAGGCGUUCGAGGAGAUCAUCCUGCAGUAUAACAAGUUGCUGGAAAAGUCUGAUCUUCAUUCAGUGUUGGCCCAAAAACUACAAGCUGAAAAACAUGAUGUGCCAAACCGGCAUGAGAUAAGUCCUGGACACGAUGGCACAUGGAAUGACAGUCAGCUACAGGAAAUGGCCCAGCUGAGGAUUAAACACCAGGAGGAACUGACUGAAUUACACAAGAAACGUGGGGAGUUAGCUCAGUUGGUGAUCGACCUGAAUAAUCAGAUGCAGCAGAAGGACAGGGAGAUACAGAUGAAUGAAGCAAAAAUCACGGAAUGUUUGCAGACCAUCUCUGAGCUGGAGACAGAGUGCCUGGAGCUGCGCAGCAAGCUCCAGGAUCUCGAGAUCGCCACCCAGACCUUGAAGGACGAAUACGACGCCCUGCAGAUCACCUUCACUGCCUUGGAGGAGAAACUGAGGAAAACUGCUGAGGAGAACCAGGAGCUGGUCACCAGGUGGAUGGCCGAGAAGGCCCAGGAAGCCAAUCGCCUUAAUGCUGAAAAUGAGAAGGACUCCAGGCGGCGCCAAGCACGACUACAGAAAGAGCUGGCGGAAGCAGCGAAGGAGCCUCUGCCAGUGGAGCAGGAUGACGACAUUGAGGUCAUUGUGGAUGAGCCCUCAGAUCACACCGAGGAGACCUCUCCGGUGCGAGGCAUCAGCAGAGCGGCUUCUAAGCGACUCUCGCAGCCUGCUGGAGGCCUUCUGGAUUCUAUCACUAAUAUCUUUGGUCUGUCCGACUCUCCCCUUUUGGGACAUCACUCUUCCGAUGCUGCCAGGAGACGCUCUGUCUCUUCCUUCCCAGUCUCCCAGGAUGCAACUGUGGACGCUCAUCCUGGUCCUGGUAAAGACGUGAGGGUACCGACCGCUGCCCUGUGUGUCUUUGAUGCGCACGACGGGGAAGUCAAUGCUGUGCAGUUCAGUCCAGGCUCCCGACUGCUGGCCACAGGUGGCAUGGACCGGAGGGUCAAGCUGUGGGAAGUAUUUGGAGACAAGUGUGAGUUCAAGGGGGCCCUGUCUGGCAGUAAUGCUGGAAUUACAAGCAUUGAAUUUGACAGUGCUGGAGCUUACCUCUUAGCAGCUUCAAAUGACUUUGCCAGCCGAAUCUGGACCGUGGAUGAUUAUCGAUUACGGCACACGCUCACAGGCCACAGUGGGAAAGUGCUGUCGGCUAAGUUCCUGCUAGACAACGCACGGAUCGUCUCGGGAAGCCACGACCGGACCCUCAAACUCUGGGAUCUGCGCAGCAAAGUCUGCAUAAAGACAGUGUUUGCGGGAUCCAGUUGCAAUGAUAUUGUCUGCACAGAGCAGUGUGUGAUGAGCGGGCAUUUUGACAAGAAAAUCCGCUUCUGGGACAUCCGAUCAGAGAGUGUGGUCCGGGAGAUGGAGCUGUUGGGGAAGAUCACUGCCCUGGACUUGAACCCGGAGAGGACUGAGCUGCUGAGCUGCUCCCGUGAUGACCUGCUGAAAGUCAUCGAUCUGCGGACCAGCACCGUGAGGCAGACCUUCAGUGCGCCUGGCUUCAAGUGUGGCUCAGACUGGACCAGAGUGGUCUUCAGCCCCGACGGCAGUUAUGUUGUAGCAGGCUCGGCGGAGGGCUCGCUGUAUGUGUGGAGUGUGCUCACAGGGAAGGUGGAGAAGACGCUGUCGAAGCACCACAGCUCCUCUGUCAACGCGGUGGCGUGGGCCCCCUCUGGCCUGCACGUCGUUAGUGUGGACAAAGGCAGCAAAGCUGUGCUGUGGGCACAACCUUGACUCAGGAGAGACACCGGGACUCUACACUCCUGUCCUGGUGGUGACAACGAGCUCGCGCGUGUGGCAUGGUGGCCUUCUGGCGGGGCUUCUGAGGAUGCUGACGGAUGGCCUGGGGUGUCCCCACUGAAGCAACCUGCCCUGCGGUCCCCUCCUCGCAAGGGCCCAGCUUCCUGCCCUGUCUGGCCGGGAAACACUACUAGCUCUGGUCUUCCAUACCUCACUGGGGAGCGCGGGGCCUCCUCUCUGGUCGGCAACAUCGGUUGUGGCCCUGACACACAUCCCUGCCUUGGGGCCCUGGCUGCAUGGUGGGAGCGCACACGGGGCCCCAGGGGGCCGCCAGCCUCUUGUGACUGUCUUGUUACUGCUGAAACGUCCCUAGGUCUCUCCGACUGGUCUUCAGAGCCUUUGCCCCUUCCCCAACACUUCAUUUCUCAGUCAGGAGAUGACCCAGUUUGUCUUAAGUUUUGAGAUAGGACACACGCCAGCCCGUUCCAGUGAAGUGUGUUCCUGUGUCACUGCCGAUGCCCGGCGCAUGGGUGCACACCACAUGCAUGCUGGUGACAAGGAAAUCAGGCCUCGAAUGUACCACCCUGGGGCUGGCAGCGGUGACCCCGGCCACGCCGCUCUGCCAGGCUGGGUGCCGUGUCCAGGGCGGGCAACAGUUAUCUUCACCAUGUACCCGUGUAUAGGAUUUCAGUUUUGUGUCUGAGACGCAAUGGUUUUUCAUAUGAUUUGCACUUUAUUUUCUGUCCACGCUUGUUCUCUGGACGGUUGGGGAUGUGAGUGCUGGAAUGGGCGCCCUUCCUCCUGUCUUCCUGGCCUUCAUUUCUCCUCCACUGCCAUCUAGAGCGCUCAUGUCAGGAGGAGCUGAAAUUCACAGGCCAGGACACAUCUUUUAUUUAUUUAUGUUGCCAAACAACUUGAUUGUAAAUAAAAAGAU